CUGUGACCCCUCCCCCCCUUUUCCACUCUUUCCUUUCUCUCUUUCUCCCGACCUUCCCAGGUUCCUGGUGGAACAUCACUGGUACCAGCAGUGGGAGGCCUACGUCCGAGCUGGAGAUCAGGACUCCAGUGCUUUCCCUGGGCCUGUCAACAACGGGGAGCUCUUCGAAGACCAAGAAACAUGGCGCCUGAAGGAACGGCUGGUGGAAGGCGAGGACUAUGUACUGCUGCCAGCCAUGGCCUGGCAUCUUCUGGUUAACUGGUAUGGGCUGGAGCCCGGGCAGCCACCCAUUGAGCGGAAGGUAGUGGAGCUGCCCAGCACCCACAAGGUAGAGGUCUAUCUGGUUGAACUGCUCCUGUGUCAGCACAAUGACAUGGAAAUAUCCCGGCCUGCGCAAUUCAGCCGAGCAGACCCUGUCGAGUUGGUCCUUCAGACAGCCAGGGAGCAAUUCUUAGUGGGGCCAGAGGAAGAGACACGCCUGUGGGUGAAGAAUGCAGAUGGCUCCUGUGAGAGACUGAGGAACGUACAUAUGUCUGUGUUAGAUGCCUGCCUUGGGCCUGGUCAGGUUGUCAUCAUGGAGACUCGGAACAAAGACGGCACGUGGCCUAGUUCCCGGCCUCACAUCAUGAAGAGCGUGGGAGAUGACGAAGACAGUUUCCGAGGCCAGCCAGGUGUCUGUGGCCUCACCAACCUGGGGAACACAUGCUUCAUGAAUUCAGCCCUGCAGUGCCUGAGCAAUGUCCCCCCACUGACGGAAUACUUCCUACACAACCACUACUUGAAGGAGCUGAACUUCUGCAACCCACUAGGCAUGAAGGGCGAGAUUGCCGAGGCCUAUGCUGACCUGGUCAAACAGGCCUGGUCUGGCCACCACCGCUCUGUGGUCCCCCGGAUGUUCAAGACCAAGGUUGGCCAUUUUGCCUCCCAAUUCCUUGGGUACCAGCAGCACGACUCCCAGGAGCUCCUGUCCUUCCUGCUUGAUGGGCUGCAUGAGGACCUGAACCGGGUCAAGAAGAAGGAGUAUGUGGAGCUUCGUGAUGCUGCCGGCCGGCCUGACCAGGAGGUGGCAGAUGAAGCGUGGCGGAACCACAAGCGGCGGAAUGACUCUGUCAUUGUGGACACAUUUCAUGGACUCUUCAAGUCAACACUGGUGUGCCCCGAAUGUGGAAAGGUGUCUGUAACCUUUGACCCCUUCUGCUACCUGAGUGUCCCUCUGCCUGUGAGCAAAGAGCGUGGCAUGGAGGUCUUCUUUGUUUCUAUGGACCCUCGGCGAAAGCCUGAGCAGCACCGUCUGGUUGUGCCGAAGGCGGGGAAGGUGCUGGACCUCUGUGUGGCACUGGCUAAGCACACAGGUGUCUCUCCGGACAGGAUGAUGGUGGCUGAUGUGUUCAGCCAUCGCUUCUACAAGAUUUACCAACUGGAGGAGUCUCUGAGCUGUAUCCUGGACCGCGAUGACAUCUUUGUGUACGAGGUGUCUGGUGGAGCUGGAGGUGGGGAGGGCACAGGAGAGGAUGUGGUGCUUCCUGUGUACCUUCGGGAGCGGACCCCGGCCCGGGACUACAGUGACUCUUACUAUGGUCUCAUGCUUUUUGGACACCCCCUGCUGGUAUCUGUGCCCCGUGACCGGCUCUCCUGGGAUGCCCUCUACCAUAUCCUGCUGCAUCGCCUUUCGCGAUACGUUACCCGACCGGACUCGGACUCGGACGACGAGGAGGAUGAGGACUCGGACGAGGAUGAGGAAGAUGAGGACGAGGACGAGGAGGAUGAGAAUA